AUGGAGUGGGGGAACGUGACAACAGAAGACUUGAUCGACGCAAUCCGCGAAGUCGACUGGUCAUCGCCGUCGCGCUCGAUGGCGGAGUUCUUCUCCAGAUUCACCGUCCCUAAGUCCUCUGGCACAUGGAAUAGCCGCCUCAAAUGCAAUCUCUACUACUAUCGCACGAAUUACUUCAUCAUGAUGGUUCUAAUUCUGGGGACCUUUAGUGAGAAGGUAACAAGAGCUGCGAGGCAAUUCUCUCCACAGUUAGCACCAAAGAUGCGUCCUCCUUUCACGAAUUCCGGCAUGUCUGGUGCAACCACAAUGUCCUCUAGCUUUUCAUUGGGAAGUUCAGGA